AUGAGAUUCUUCUUAGCUUGCGUUUUCUUACUUUCACCUAUACUCGUGAUGGGGGUUAGUAUUACGGAGAUCAUUAGCCAGAUGAAUGCAAACCCAGCAAAAUUCCGGAAUUUGUUCGUUGAAAAUCAAAAAGUUCUACAGUGGCUACAGGCUGGGGGGCCAAGCAGUGGAUCGGGAUUCGAGGCAGCAAAAGAGAUGUAUGGCCGUAGAAUGAUUCCGCGUGGCGCCACGGUAGGUGUUGAUGACAUAGCCGGCUGGAUUGCGGAUGAUCUAAGGUGGGUUAAUACAAGAGGUUUAGAAAGAUCAUAA